CAGACACUUCCAGAUCCUUGUUGCCCACUCAGGCCAGAACUAGCUUCAAGGGUGAGGCAGCUGCCUUCCUCCUGCAGGUUUACUCCUCAAUCCGAUGCCCUUUGCUGCCUGCAGAAGACAGAACAAGCACCUCUCCCCACCUGCCUGCAGAAGCAAGGCAAGGGCACACGGAGGUGGUAGUGCCAACCCAGAAGAGAUUCUGCCUUCUGAAUGAGCUUGUGGUCGCUGUAGGAUUGCGGUCUGACUGCCUUAAUUUGCCUGCUGCAGCCAUGGAAUUCUCCAAGCUUCCCAAGAUUGGGGAUGCUGAAAAGGAGAGUGAGUUGGGAUUUGUCCACGGUGUCUCUGGGCCAGUGGUGAUUGCCUGCAAGAUGGCUGGAGCGGCUAUGUACGAGCUGGUCCGCGUUGGCUACUUUGAGCUGGUGGGUGAGAUAAUCCGCCUGGAAGGUGAUUUGGCCACCAUCCAAGUGUAUGAGGAGACAUCGGGUGUUUGUGUGGGAGAUCCUGUGCUGCGAACCGGGAAGCCACUCUCAGUGGUCCUCGGGCCUGGGAUCAUGGGCUCCAUCUUUGAUGGGAUCCAGCGUCCUCUGAAGGACAUCACAGAACUUACCAAGAGCAUCUAUAUUCCCCGGGGAAUCAACAUCUCGGCUUUAUCCCGGGACCUGAAGUGGGAUUUCAAGCCAAGCUCCAACAUUCGGGUUGGGAGCCACUUAACCGGAGGGGAUAUUUAUGGGGCGGUGCAUGAAAAUUCCCUCAUCAAACAUAUGAUAAUGGUGCCACCCCGAUGCCGUGGCACCGUCACCCACAUUGCUCCAGCUGGGAACUAUGACAUUUCGGACGUGGUGUUGGAGCUCGACUUUGAGGGCGUGAAGGAGAAACUGACCAUGAUGCAAGUGUGGCCUGUCCGGCAGAUCCGCCCUGUGUCGGAGAAACUCCCAGCCAAUCACCCGCUGCUGACUGGCCAGAGGGUCCUGGAUGCCCUCUUUCCGUGUGUCCAAGGUGGGACCACGGCCAUCCCAGGUGCCUUCGGUUGUGGCAAGACCGUCAUCUCACAGUCUCUCUCCAAGUACUCCAACAGCGAUGUCAUCAUCUACGUCGGCUGUGGGGAGCGUGGGAACGAAAUGUCGGAGGUGCUCAGGGACUUUCCAGAGCUCACCAUGGAAGUGGAUGGAAAGACGGAGACCAUCAUGAAGCGGACCUCCCUUGUGGCCAACACGUCCAACAUGCCCGUGGCUGCUCGGGAAGCCUCCAUUUACACAGGAAUCACCCUCUCAGAGUAUUUCCGGGACAUGGGAUACCACGUUAGCAUGAUGGCUGAUUCCACAUCCCGCUGGGCUGAAGCCCUUCGUGAGAUUUCUGGGCGUUUGGCUGAAAUGCCUGCAGACAGCGGGUACCCAGCCUACUUGGGCGCCCGCCUGGCCUCCUUCUACGAGCGGGCAGGGCGCGUCAGAUGCCUGGGCAGUCCUGGACGGGAAGGGAGCGUCAGCAUCGUCGGGGCGGUGUCCCCCCCUGGCGGGGAUUUCUCAGACCCAGUGACUUCUGCUACCCUGGGGAUCGUCCAGGUCUUCUGGGGCCUGGACAAGAAACUGGCUCAGCGAAAACAUUUCCCAUCGGUGAACUGGUUGAUCAGCUACAGUAAAUACACGCGAGCAUUGGAUGAACACUAUGAGAGGCACUACCCAGAAUUCAUCUCUCUGCGCACCAAGGCCAAGGAGAUCCUGCAGGAGGAGGAAGAUUUGGCAGAGAUUGUCCAGCUCGUUGGAAAGGCAUCCCUUGCUGAAACAGACAAGAUCACUCUGGAGGUGGCCAAGCUGAUCAAGGACGACUUCUUGCAGCAAAACGGCUACUCCUCCUACGACAGGUUCUGCCCUUUCUACAAGACCGUGGGAAUGCUCCAAAACAUGAUCACCUUCUAUGAGCUGGCCCGCCAUGCCGUGGAGUCGACAGCCCAGUCCGAGCACAAGAUCACUUGGGCCAUCAUUCGGGAGAACCUGGGAGAGAUCCUGUACAAGCUGAGCUCCAUGAAAUUCCAGGACCCAGGAAAGGACGGCGAGGCCAAAAUAAAAGCGUAUUACAUCCAGCUGAACGAAGAGAUGCAGAAUGCCUUCCGCAACUUGGAGGACUGAACGGGGAAGCUUUGAAUGAACUAAACUUAGACUCUGGAAAGGUUUCUU